AUGUUUGGCAUAUUUCUCGUAGGCUUUUCCCUCGGACUCGUGCUCGAGGUGUUCGCGUGCAAGACACACCUGUAUGAGAGCGUUAUGAUGAAGAAGGAUGCGCGGCGGCACGAGUUCGACGAGUUCGUCGUUGACUUUCGCCAAAGCGUGGAGCGGUGGCAGCGGGAGGACAUGAGCAAGCGGCAGUCACUGUAG